AUGGCGGCAGGGCUGCCUCAGUCCCGCUGUAGGCUCUUCCAACACCUGCUCUUCUCCCUCUGGGCCCUGCAGGGUGGCCUAGUUACCAGCAACCCUGGAGUGAAAGUGACCCAGCAGCCACCAGUGGUCAGCAAACGGCAGGGUGAGACCCUGGAGCUGAGCUGCGGCGUCAACCAAGUAAACUGGUUUUUCUAUUGGUACCGCCAGCAACCUGGAGAGCCAAAGCUACAAUACUUUGGGACAUUCAGCACCUAUAGUAGCGAUUUAGAGGAUGACACAAAAAGUAGCCUCGAUAGUCGGCUGAGUGGCAAACGGAAAGGCAAUGAAACAACUUUGUACCUAAAAGACCUCCAGCUUAGCGACACAGGGCUGUAUCUCUGUGCUUCAAAGGACACAGUGACUGUAGCAGCCUCAGUAACUGUCACAAAACUGACUACCAAACAAUAUUGCUUCAAGGCUGAGAUGGCGGCAGGGCUGCCUCAGUCCCGCUGUGGGCUCUUCCAACACCUGCUCUUCUCCCUCUGGACCCUGCAGGGUGGUCUAGUAACCAGCACCUCUGGAGUGGAAGUGACCCAGCACCCAACACUGGCCAACAAACGGCAAGGCGAGACCCUGGAGCUGAGCUGCGAUGUCCAUCAAAAGACCUAUCAUUACUACUGCGCCGCCCCAAAGUACGCUUCGCCGUCGGAGAGCAAGGUGGGCCGGAGAGCGAGGAAGGAGCCGUCCCGGAGGGCCGGGAGCAGUUGGGAAGAUUUUGCAAGGGGGGCCCGUGAAGCGGCAGUGCUGUGUGAGCAAGCUUACUUCGCGGAUACUGGGACGCAGCUCAUAGUCGAAGAUGAAAAUUGUCAACGCUCACAGCCGACUGUCCAUCUUCUGGGUCCCGUGUGCCACAAGGACCAUGUCACACUCGUGUGUGUGGCCCAGGGCUUUCCCUAUGAAUGGCCCAUUGAUGUGAGUUGGAAGCGUGAUGCGCAAGAGGUGACUCGUCUCUCUUUCGCCACCGACCCCGUCCGCACCCUGAAUGGCACAUGCAACUUUGGGGUUUCCAGUCGCCUGAGCAUGACAGCUGCAGAGUGGCAGGAGAGGCAUGUGUACUCAUGCCACGUGAGACAAGGGAACAUAGCCGAGGCUGAAGAGUCGAUGGAGAGGGAGCCGAGCCAGCAGCCAGGUGUUGAAGAAAGAAUACCUUCCCACAAGAGGCAUAGUGCCCAAGCCUCAACUGUCUUGGAGUUUCAGAGCAGCCUUCAUACAGGGCAGCUCAUUUUCCUGCUCCUGGUGGUUAAGAGCUUUGCCUAUGGUACUGCUCUGGGAAUCUACACAGCCUGUAAGAAGAAAACAGGUCUCUGAUGGAGCUGUGGAGAGGCUCUGUGUCUUCCUGCUGGUAUUGAAGCAUUAGCUCUUUCUCCAGUCAAGAAACUUAUCCGCUUGCAGCUGGAGGCCAUUCUCAGUGUGGAUCCUCAAUGUUUCUUCUCUGACGUUUUCCCAUCUUCCUUCUCAUCUGCUCUUCAAUCUUGAGGACCUACAUUGGUCACUUGAAAAACUGCUGAAUUCUUCCUUUCCUUAAGCAAAUUUCCUGUGUAACAAUAAACAGAACUAGAUUUUAUUAUCUCCG